AUGGCGACUCUCGAUGUGAGCCCUCUAGAUUUGACAGUAGAGUCACCUGGCUGGUUGAAGUCAAGGUUGCAUAAGGCUGGGGAGUUUGUUAUGAACUACGCUGCAUUGCUUUGUCUUCUGGAUUGCAUCGUACUCCCCGUGCUGAUCACCUUAUUCCGUCUUUUAGACGUUUUCAAAGGUUUUCGAGGAUUCGAAGGGCCAUUUCAUCUAAUCGAGGUGGUGUGUGUGGUCACUUUGGGGUUAUUGGCUGUUGUUGUAAACUAUCGCAAGGGCGGUAAGGCACGCUACGCUGCCCUGGGUGUAACUGGAAUCGUUUUAGUGGUUUGCGGUCACUAUUUGGUUGACGGUUGGGUGGAGACGUGUGUAUCGCUGGCAGGUUGUGCAAUGCUGUUGUCGUCGAAUCACCUUUCGCGCCGCAAUCACGGUUGUUCUCACUGUCACCUACCUGUUGCUCUGUAA